AUGGACUUGGAGGCGUUGCCGGAAGGCUGCAUAGCCGAAGUGAUCGGGAUGACGACUCCUGCGGAUGCAUGCAGGCUGUCGUUGAUUUCAAGACACUUCAAGUCGGCGGCGGACUCUGACACCGUUUGGGACAAGUUCCUUCCGGCUGAGACCAAUGAGAUCCUACUCCACUUUGAAUCUGCAACCGAUGCCAAAUCCAAGAAGGAGCUUUACUUGACUCUCUCUGAUAAUCCCAUCCUCAUCGACAGGAACAUGAUGGCGAAGCUUCGUGCUGUGAUUUGGCUUGAAAUCCGUGGGAGAAUCGAAACGCGCAUGCUAUCCCCAGCCACGACAUAUAAAGCUUAUCUGGUGUACCAGUUGAAGAAAUACAGUUGUGGAUUCCACUGGCCUGCUGUGGUCACAGUUGGUUUAAGAGCUCACGGGUUUGAUUAUGAACGCCCUGAUUUGAUGGAAAUAACUGCAGGAAUUAAGCAGAAUGUGUAUCUGCUGCCCCGAAGAGCAAUACAAAGGGACCUAGAUCGCAAUGGAUCCAAAUUUCCAAAUGAAGGGAGGGAGGAUGGGUGGCUGGAGAUGGAGCUGGGUGAGUUUCGCUGUCAGGGAGACGAAGACGGCGAGUUGGAAAUGAUUUUUUGUGACAUUAAGACUGGUGCGAGUAAGCAUGGUCUCCAUGUUCAAGGGAUUGAACAUGAUUGUGUUUUUGAAGAAUAA